AUGGAAAACUGGUCGGUUGAUCAAGUCUGCAACUGGUUGAGACAGAGAAAUUUAGGAGAACUAGUUCCUAAGUUUCGUGAAGAAGAAGUAAGUGGAGCAGCUCUUCUGGCUCUUAAUGAUCGUAUGGUGCAGCAGCUGGUGAAGAAGAUCGGGCACCAGGCGGUGCUGAUGGACCUGAUUAAUAAAUACCAGCAACAAAAGAGUGGGGUAGAAUUCCUUACAACAAGCUGUUGUGAAACAGCUUCUCCAAAGUUUCCAGAAGUAAUCAGUGGAAAAAAUCUGAAAUCAUUUUUUGCAAGAUACAAGACGUUGCAGUGGACAAGUUCUUACGCUUUGCCAAAUUUCCCUUACGAUGUCAAGUGCAUAUUGGCAGAAAAAAAAUGCCCUGAUCACAGUAUGAGAAUAAGGAUUAUUGAAUUUUUACAAGCAGACAUGACAAAAUACCUAGAAGGAUCACUGUAUCCGAACAGUCAGCAGUACAACGUCGUUGUCAGUGCUCUGCUGCAGGCAUACCCGUUCCUUGAUGAAGACGGGAAUGGCUUUUUGCUAUGGAAACGGGCCCUUAAAGAUCGUUUCAAAUACGUGCGGCGACCCAUUGAAGAUGAUGAGCAAGUCCUGAGGAACAAAUGCAAGUUUGGCCACAGACGAGGACAGACCAGGAAAUCUUCAUUUGCUGAAAACAAACACGAUGAUGCCCAGGUGCAGGUAGAGGAAGAACCUGUUCAUCUUGAAGGCAGUGCAAUGGAUGUACAUAUUAAGUGGCUUAAGCAAGAAUAUAUGAAAACUCAGAGGAACUGGAAAGAAGUGGAUAACAGAAUGAGUGUGACAACAGAAAUACGGAGAAAGAUGAUCAGCAAUAAGGCACCUUUAAAAGACAUUCUUCGACUAUUUCCUUUCUUGAGAUGCCCUUAUCAGCUUUUUAGGGAGUUCCAGCUUCUCACACACAUGGACAUUUAUAAGAAAACAGUUGAGAUUUUGGAGAUUUACUCAGAAAACAUAUUAUCUUUAUAUGUGGUGAGGAAUAAUCCAAUUAACAUUAUGCUGCAAGAAAAUCUGAAGCGGCACACAGAGGAAGACAUUCUGAAAUAUAUGAAAAUGACUGCUGCAUGUUUACUCCUGCCAGAUGUCUUUGGAGAUGAUUCCAGUCUGUUUGCUGCAGUGAACGAGGAGGUAAAGGCAGUGACACCAGUGUUGGAAGUAAAAAAUCCCUUCAACGUGAAUUCAUGCGAGUUUGCGCUAUACGUAGAAAGAGAAGAGCUAGCCCAGCUCACUGACUGCACCAUGGCCCUGGCGGCACUGCUGGCUGCGUUUCAUGUGUUUGAUAUCCCGUGCCCAAAGCGAAUCCACAGGACGCUGAACUUCCUGGAGUCCCUGGUCUUUGAGGUGAGGAGCCCAGCAUCCCUGCCCACCCAGGUAAGGAGCGGGCAGGAGGCACCCGAGUAUCCCAGUAUCUGA